AUGCCGUUCGGGUUAAAGAACGCUCCUCAGAUCUAUCAACGGAUCGUCAACAAUGCAAUAUACGGCCACAUGCGCAUCAAGCCCGAUCAGGAUAGAUCGAAUCCCGUUGACGUCUUCGAGGAAGGAGAGCCAGAAUCGGACCCUAAGCCGUCGGUCCUCUGGCGGAGGUCGUAUGUGGACGGCAUCCUUGUGACCGGAGACACGUGGGAUAGCAUGUGUAACCGUGUCGACAAACUGCUCGACGUCUGUGAUCGGUGGAACUUGUCGAUCAGCGUAGCCAAGAGUUACUGGGGUCGACGCAAGGUAGCAUAUCUAGGACACUAA